GUGGUGAAAAGUUUUUAGACCCCCUCCCCUGUAUGUUUUUGUUGGGGGAAAAGUUGUUGGAAGUUAGGUCGUGUGAAUGUAGCGUGUCCGUCGUUUUCGCCCCUCGGUCACAGGGGGAAUGCGAGUUUUUACUUCUUUACCGUCGGACAGCGAGCUUUUCGAGCAGGGUUUCUUCGCUUUACGUCCUCUGGCUCGGGCUAAAAAAUCUCAGUGGCCAUCACCGUUUCACCUCUGCCGUCUCGUUAGCCACCUAGCUAGCUGCGCCGCUAGCUAACUACCCAACAAAGUUAACGCUACCUCGCCUCAGUGUGUUUCUUGCGGUGACUUCCAGCUUUGGAGGAAUAAAAAAUAACCGUAGAGAUGGCGGAAACCAAAAUAAUUUAUCACAUCGAUGAAGAGGAGACGCCGUAUUUGGUGAAGAUACCCAUUGCUGCCGAAAAUAUCACUUUGCUGGAUUUUAAACAGGUCCUGAAUAAGCCAAACUACAAAUUCUUCUUCAAGUCUAUGGACCAGGACUUCGGGGUGGUUAAAGAAGAGAUUUCUGACGACAGUGCCAAGCUGCCAUGUUUCAACGGCAGAGUGGUGUCAUGGCUGGUAUCUUCAGACACUCCAGCUGCAGAGCCUCCAGUUGCUGUGGUCCCCCCUGUGGAAACGACGACCCAACCUUCGCCCCCUCCUCCGCCCCUCCCACCCCCACCUGCAGAAAGAACCGGGGGCAUCGGGGACUCCAGGCCGCCCUCCUUCCAUCCCAACGCCACUGGCAGCGUGGAGACACUGGACGAGCAGACUGAAACCGAGUCUGUCGUUUCCUUCAGGAGAGAGAGGCCUCGGCACAGAGAGAGCAUGGAGCCGCACGGACCUCGGAUGAACGGACAGAGUCGGCUAGAGCGCCACCUGGCAGGCUAUGAGAGCUCCAGCACCGUGAUGAGCAGUGAGCUGGAGACCACCAGCUUCUGUGACUCAGAGGACGACGACACCAUGAGCAGGUUCAGCAGUGCGACAGAGCAGAGCACAGCCUCGAGACUUCUCAAACGACACCGCAGACGCAGGAAACAGCGCCCUCCACGUUUAGAGAGGGCAUCCUCCUUCAGCAGCGUGACAGACUCCACGAUGUCCCUGAACAUCAUCACCGUCACCCUCAACAUGGAGAAGUACAACUUCCUGGGCAUCAGCAUUGUGGGUCAGAGCAAUGAACGUGGAGAUGGAGGGAUCUACAUCGGCUCCAUUAUGAAGGGUGGAGCUGUGGCUGCAGACGGACGCAUCGAGCCUGGAGACAUGCUGCUGCAGGUGAAUGACAUCAACUUUGAGAACAUGAGCAACGACGAUGCGGUGCGGGUGCUGAGAGAGAUUGUACACAAGCCAGGGCCCAUCAUCCUCACAGUGGCGAAGUGUUGGGAUCCUUCUCCUCAGGGCUACUUCACUCUGCCUCGCAAUGAACCAAUCCGACCCAUCGACCCGGCAGCGUGGGUGAGCCACUCUGUGGCCAUGACCGGGGCAUACCCUCCUUUUCCAGGCAGCUCCUCCCUCAGCACCAUCACAUCCUCAUCCUCCGUCACAGAGACUGAACGUUUUGAUGACUUCAACUUAUCGCUGCACUCCGACAUGGCUUCAGUCGCCAAGGCUAUGGCCUCACCAGAGUCAGGCCUGGAGGUCAGAGACCGCAUGUGGCUGAAAAUCACCAUCCCCAACGCUUUCCUUGGCUCUGAUGUUGUGGAGUGGCUCUUCCAUCACAUCGAGGGCUUCCAGGAUCGCCGCGAAGCCAGGAAGUACGCCAGCAACCUGCUGAAGGCCGGUUUCAUCCGACACACGGUCAACAAGAUCACCUUCUCUGAGCAGUGUUACUACGUGUUCGGAGAUUUAAGCGACUGUGAGAACUACAUGGCCAACCUGUCCCUGAAUGACAAUGACGGCUCCAGUGGUGCCUCAGACCAGGACACUCUAGCCCCUCUGCCCCUCCCUGGAGCGUCCCCCUGGCCCAUGAUGCACACCUUCCCCUACCAGCCGUACCCCACGCACCCCUUCUCCAGCCAGCCGCCCCCGUACCAUGAGCUCACCAGCUACAGCUACACCCCCGGCAGCACGGGCAGCCAGCACAGCGAAGGGAGCCGGAGCAGCGGCUCAACGAGGAGCGAGGGUGAGCGACGUCGCAGCACUAAAGGUCCUGGCAGCACGGUGGGUGGAGGAGAAAAAUCCCCCUCAGGUGCUCCCGGAGAAGGCGGCGGUGCUGAUUCACGCUCUGGCAGCGGCAGCGAAUCAGAAUACUCCACCCGCAGCAGCCUGAGACGGGGCCACGGCUCAGCGGCUCCCAGCGAGCACAGCCACGCCUCUUCCCAACGCUCUCAUCACCACCGCAUGCCCCAACCCCCCCACAUGUCCCCCUACCCACCUGGUAUCCUCCCAUACAACCCCAUGAUGGUAAUGAUGGUACCUCAGCACCCACACCCGGCCAUGGCCACCGCUCACGCCCUUCCUCACCCACAGCAGAUGGCGACAGCACCCAUGCAUCCAGCUCUGCCCCCACCUCCUUCUUCCACUCCAGGGGGGCCUCCUGGAGCCCCACCCACUCGUGACCUCGGCUCUGUACCUCCUGAGCUGACGGCAUCGCGCCAGUCUUUCCACCUGGCCAUGGGAAAUCCCAGCGAAUUCUUUGUGGACGUCAUGUAGUUUCUCUGUGAAGUUAGAGUACGGUUCACACUUCUAUGACGAGGAUCUGGUCGUAGCUUUGGAGCGGACAAGGGCCUUUAGGAGUGAGGGCACUUGUUAAAAAUAUGGUGAGAACAGGGUUUCACAUCAACAAAUAAAAAUAGACUAAAGUAGGUUAUGUUUCGAAAUAAUUUCCACAGUUACGUUUUUCACAUUCUAAUCAACAACAUUGCUCCUUUUUUCCAACUUUAUUCCAGCAUUACCAAUCCAGUAUCAAUGCUAGUGCUGGUACCAGUGUUGCUAUUAGCCUUCUGAUACACCCUCAAAUUCAGAGUUUGUGAGUACGCAAGUCAAUGCAACACUCUGACACAACAUAAUUUAUUUGUAGAUAUCAAAUGUUAGCCAUCAGUUUUCCCACCUUUUUUUUUUUUUGCACUGGUAUUGGAGAGGUACUCGUUAACAGCUGAUCACUGAAUAUUGCUAUCAGGAGCAUUUUAAACCUCAGUAGUGAGCUUGUUUAUUUUGCUGAUUCAAUAAACUCCUUGGUCUCUGAAAGCUUCUGAAGGCCAGAGUUAGAUGAAAUAAAAAUCUUUUAGCCAUGCCUAAUGGUUAGCAAUCUGUGAGCAUGUUUUUUUCUAAACCACAGACAUGGCUCUGCUAACUGUGGGUUCUGCUGUGGAACCGUGUCCCAGGAUUUGCAGACUGGGAGAGCAGAUUUAAAUGAAAAUCAUUACCCACAGUUUUCUACGUGAUGCCCAUGGUUUAGAAAUAGUUUCUUUUUUUACUUGAGCCUUCAGGGACUCCACAGAGUUCCUUUUCAAGCUCCUCUCAAAGCAGAAGUUACAUUUUUUCCACUCGCUACGUACGCCAGAGCUGUCCAUCUAGACAUCGCACAUUUUACCACCCCAGGGUGCCAGGUACACUGUGCUUGAAAAGGAUCAAAUCCUGUAAACAUAUCCACAACAUGUGCCCAAAUCCACUACAGCACAGAUUUAAUGAGUGCCUUACUCUUUUAUUCUAAGAGACAUUUUCACACUCCAGGUACAUUAAAAUAAAUCCUAAUGUUCCAACAUUGUCUGACAAUGAACCUCUGUAUAUAUCUACUACUCUUACAUAAAUACAACAACACAGAUCAGCUAAUGUGAAAAUAGGUCCAAGAAUGUCAGGUGAACUUGUGUUUAGUUGUCAAUGCCUAGGCCUAGUCGUCAAUAACUCUAAAUGUAAGGACUUCUCGGUGUGGGACUGUAGAGGCUUAACGGUACUAUUAGGAACAGGACGUCUGACUGACAGCGGUACUUUUUGAUUACAUUCAGUGUGUAUCUUAAGUUACUGUGACCCAAAAGCCCAGCUCCCCAUGCUUAUUUUUAUGUUACUGACUUGCAUUAUUCACCCAUUUCAUUUUUGUAUGAGUGACUAUAUAAAUCAUGUAUAACCAAACUAUUAAGGUGCUAAAUGAAGAUUCAACAUUUCUAAAAGAUUGACAUUGACUGUGUCAUGUUGUUUGAUUUCAUAAUGCCACCUUUGUUUGUGUAUUUGAAAAUAAAUUUGAUACUUA